GGGACAGGAAGAGUUACAGGAGGUUUCCUGUAGGGGUUGGGCAGUGACAGACUGCGGUUAGAAGACACAUUACAACAAAGGGGGAAAAAGCCUAAGCUUUGUGUGUCUCACCUGCUCAGGCAAUGCGCAUUGGUUUGCCCACAGCAGAGACACUACAGGGUGGAUCCUUUAAAGCUUUACUUUUGACAGUGCUCCUGAGCGUGUUUAUGUUCCAGCUGCUGAGGACCGUCGGACUGAGGGCCUUCUCCAUGGCAUCUGAGACGUACACAUCAGGCACGCACUCUGCUGCCUUUGUCACCUGUCCUAAUGACACAGUUGCUAGAGAUUUAGCCAGGGGUAUUGUGGAAAAGAAGCUAGCAGCUUGUGUCAACAUUGUCCCAGCGAUCAAAUCUAUAUAUGAAUGGCAGGGGAAGAUUGAGGAGGACAAUGAGGUGCUUCUGAUGAUCAAAACAAGAAGUUCCAAGGUACCCGCUCUUGCUGAAUAUGUCCGCUCUAACCAUCCCUAUGAGGUGGCUGAGGUCAUCAGCCUGCCUAUUGACCAGGGUAACCCGCCUUACCUUAAGUGGAUUGGAGACAUUGUUCCUGAGUAAAGGUGGACAGUUAGAUUAGUGGACGAAUUUUGGGAUGAUUGAUGGAUGUAAAAAAAUUAUGUAAUACAAAAGUUCAUUCUUUUCAAACACACCCCCAUUAUAAAAAAAACCCUGUCCAGAUUUGUAAUUAUUGUUACAAACUGCAUUAAAUGUUGGGAUUAAAAACAUGUUCUGAAAUA